AUGCCAUUGAAGGUGUUGGAGGCAACAGUGUGGAGCUUUGAUGGGGUGUUUGAGAAGUUCCGAUCAGAGGCUGCAGGAAACAAGGCUAAUCUCAUCCUCUUCUUGGCUGACAAAGACCCUGCUACCUCUCUCAGCUGGUGCCCUGAUUGUGUGAGAGCAGAGCCUGUGAUCUACAAGAAGCUGGAGGCUUCAUCUGAUGACAUUGCACUUUUGAGAGCUUAUGUUGGAGAUAGACCAACAUGGAGAAACCCCAAGCAUCCAUGGAGGGUGGACGCUAGGUUCAAGCUCACUGGGGUGCCAACAUUGAUCCAUUGGGAGAAUGACACAGUCAAAGGUCGCCUAGAAGAUCAUGAAGCCCACCUUGUAAACAAAAUUGAAAGUCUUGUUGCUGACAAGUGA